CCUCACCCGUCAAGCUGAUCGCUGGGCACCCUACAUGCUGCACGUCAAGCGCAUUGCGGCUGCGACAAUGAUCUCGGACAUUGGGGGGUCAGCGGAAGCCUACGAUUAUGCUAAAGACUCGGCUUUCACACAUUCAUCUUGCCCUCAAUCAUUCUGGAUCUGAGAAACUCGAAUCAAGACGAUUGUUACCUAGCCGGGAACACGAACAAACAACAAGCGCUAUAUUCCCACUCCGCAUUGCCAAUCAGAUACCGCAACGACAGCCCUGAGCUGACGACGUAUCGUUCGUAUCGAUAAGCCGCUAAAUAUAUCGACAUCGUAAGGAUGUCGAGUUGCUUGCUUCCGACCAUCCAGAUCCUGCAACCCUCGACUACAAACCCCGUUCUCAGACCAAAACUCACCCUUGCAAAGACACAACCGCACCCUCAACGAAGAAAGAAAACAUACGCUCCUGGUAGUUCAACAUCAAAUUCCAAGUUCAGCAAAAUGCGUCUCUCCCUCCUCAGAAACUCCGCCCUCCUCUCCCUCAUCGGAUUGAGCAGUGCCCAGAGCACAACAUCGUCCUGGGGCGAACCGUUCAACGUCGACGUCUCAACCGAAUCGCUGUUGGGCAGUUCGCAACAACCACUUACCAACAUCAUCGGCACGAAUACACCUGCAACAACAGGACUAGCGCCCAUUGCACCUGUCACGGACGAAUUCAGCACUACGAUUCCUACGGAACUGAGCACGAUCAGCACAGGAACUGCUACCGCGGUGGUCACCGUUUCAAGCUCAGUAUCAGGGAGUGCCGCAAGCGCGAGCGCGAGUUCGAGCGCCAGUGCCGCUUCGAGGUCCAGUGCUAGUGCCAGUGCCAGUGCCAGUGCCAGUACCAGUACCAGUACCAGUACCAGUACCAGUACCAUUACCAGUACCAGUGCCAGUGCCAGCACGGCGAGUUCGAGGGCGAGUUCGAGUGGGAGCGGCGCAGCGACGCAGAGUACGGCUGCUGCGGCGCCGAUGGGGAUUCAGGGGCAGCAGAGGAUGAUGGGUGUUGCGGGGGCAUUGGCUGGGGCUGCUGGUGUGUUGUUCGUUUGAAUGUGUUGAAGUAUUGAUGUCAAGUUGGAAGAUGGAAUCUACGAAGACUCGCAUUUGAAUGUUCAGAAUGUUGGCAGGGCAUCAUCGAGGAAGGCGCAUGUGAAGUUACAAGGACAAUCGAACAUUUUUGCAUAAUU